AUGAUUACCCUCAAGCCCUUCCCCGCCUUUUUGGGGUUGGUCUUCCUCUUCGUGUUCGCUCGCCCAGCUCUCGCCUUCGGUGCUGGUAACAUUGCCGGCAUCUCUAAGGUCGAAGGACAGAACUGGCGUCAUGGCGACAUCGAAGAUACCCUCCUUACUAUCAUGAUGGCCCGCGCCGUCGGGGGCAAAAAGUUUGACAAGCUCAUGGUAUCCCGUGUCUACUUCGGCAACUGGCUUAGGGACUACUCUCAGGCCAUCGAUGUAGGCACGGUCAAGUCCGUCUCAGCUGAAGCUAUCCGACUGCUUCUCUGUGUUCUCGGUUUCCUGACCUUCGGUUACGGCUCCAAGGAGUUCGAGGUGACCGCCGAGCGCCUUGGUUGCUACCGGCCCGAAGACCAUAUCGACAACCCCAAGAACUACGCCGACAACGAGGAUGCGCGCCAGUAUGAUCGAAGACUGCGCGGUCCCGUUAAUGAGAGAGUCGAGCUUGCCAUCGACCCCGAGACAGGUCUGAAAAACUACAUUGCGAAUGAGCAAGCCAGAAUUAUGACUUCCGCCCUUCAUGUCAGAAAGCUAUUCAGCCGCUGCAUUGAACUUGCCCGAUCCUACAAGGACAGCAAGAGGAAGAGUGAGCUUUACGAGGCCUUACGACUACUUGGUACCGGCCUUCACUGUUUAGAAGACUUCCUGGCCCAUAGUAACUACACGGAACUCGCACUCAUCGAAAUGGGUGAGCGCGAUAUCUUCCCUCAUGUUGGUAGGAGCACCAAAAUUCAAAUUCCUGGUGCCCGCCACGAAGUUUACCCUUGCGUUACGGGAACAUUUGGAGGUGUUGAUUUCCUACAUUCCGUCACCGGCGAAGUCUCCGACAAGUUGACGCAGAACGAAAUCCAGGAGCUCGAGGGCACCCUUGAAGAGAACUCAAGGAAGAAUGACACUAGCAUCAUUGAAGGGCUUCUUGACAAGAUUCCCGAUGGCAUCCUCGGGGGUGACGACAAGAAGCAGAAGAUGGAAUCAAUUCAGAGCAAUGCCACCAACGCGCAAAUGGCCAACACGUCGAUUUCCCCGAGAGAACCAGAGGAGUUUACGCAGUACAUCCAACAAGUUUUCCAGCAGAUAAUGCCCGCUAUUGAAUUCCACGACGAACUCCUGAAGGGCAUCAGCGAGGCAAUUGAGAAAAUCCCCAUCUUGCCUCAAAUCGUGGAGCAACUCGAGGACCAGAUGUCAAUGUGGGUAUUCUCGAUUAUGGCGCCUUUCGUGGUUCCCAUCAUCCAGCAAGUCAAGAAUGAGCUUCGUACUGGGUCGUCCGAGAUUAUUGCCAGCAGUGAGAACGAACAGCACAUCGUCUUCAACGACGACGAAUCUACUGACCCAACACACUCCAUGCUCUCUAAGGACCACUUUUCCAACAUCCUCAACGAAAUUGCAGGCAAGACUGCUAGCAAGGUCGUCUACUGGGUCGUCCCCCAGCUCAUGGAAGCAUGGGACGAUGAGAGUGUAGACGUCGAUCGCUUGAUGAACAGGAUUAUCAAUGGUGUCCUACACCAUCCUGCUCAGCGUGACAUGGGAGAAGAUGGUGCGCGCGAUGGCCGACAGAUCAUGUUCCGUUCGGUUGAGGAGUGGUGGAACCAGCUAGAUGAUGGUGCGAAGGACGAAUACCGCCAGAAGCUUUCGCGCCGCGGCGUGAAAAAUGGCGAGAACCAUAAGGAAGGAGUCCAGGACUGUGGUCACGGUUGCGGGAAGCCUCUUGGUAUGCACAAGAACUUCGCACCUGGUGGAACUAUGGAAGACCGCAUUGCAAGCACCGCUGCUGGUGCCAUUGUUGGUGGUGUUACUGGUGGUAUCUCGGAUUUCGUCAAAACCUCAUCUGGCGGACAGAUCAAUCUACCCAAUUUCGGGGGCGAGGAGUCUCACAGUUCCAGUGGUGGGGGUGGUGGACUUCUUGGCGCUCUUGGUAGUUCGCUUCUAGGCGGAGCUUUCAAGAGUAGCGAGACCGAAUCGUACGGCAGCAGACGCGAGGGCAAUGAUGGAUCGUAUAACGAGACCCGCACCGAGUACGGACACUCGGAUGACCGCUACGGCCAGGCUGAAUACUCCGAGACUAGGUAUCCCGGAGGAGGCGAAAGCAGGGAAUACCGUCGUUACGGACAAGAUGAUAACGGCGGUGGCUAUGGAUACGAAGAGCGAACCGAAUCCCGUCCGAACUAUGGCGGUGGUUACGAAGAACGCACUGAGCGCCGGUAUGAAAGCAACGAUGAGUACCAAGAAUCCGGCGGUUACGGUCGACGUCGCGAUGACGAGGAUAGUUAUGGCGGGCGUCAGGAAAGCUACGGACGAUCUGAGUAUGACCGGGGUGACGAGUACGGCCGUCGUGAAGAGCGUUCAUAUGAUUCUUACGGCGGUGGUGGCGAUCGAUAUGAGCGUCGUGAGGAGGAGAGUUCAGGUUACGGUCGUGAGGAAUAUGGCCGCGAGGAGGGAUACGAACGUCGUGAGGAACGUCGCGAUGAAGACGAGGGCGGUGGAUUCCUGGAUACAGUUAUCAAUCGUGUUGGCGAUGCUCUGGAUGAGGACGGUCGCCCCCGUCGCGACGAGGGAGGCAGCCGAUGGGGUUUCUAG